CGCAGCAUAGCUGCGUACCUGCUCGUGCUCCGUUUUUCCUUUUUCAUCCUGCUGUAAAAAGCAUCGAAGGGAGGGCGGGAUCUCUGCCUUGUUGGACUCAUCUCGGCAACAAGACUGUCAACAGUGAGACGGCACCCCCCCCCCUUUUUUUCUUUUUUUUUAUUUGGACCCUCGGUGGGGGAACGAGGGGUCGUGCAGUGUCAGUGCGUGCUGAGUGGAUUGAGGAAUUAAGAGGUGGGGGUGCACGGGCGUGUGUUUGCAGUGAGGGGGACGCCUGUGGAGAAGGAUGGUUUUGCCGUGUGCUCGAGUACUGCUGCUUCGUAGGCUGUGGGAGUCCCCGGCACAGCCCAUCUUCAUCUGAUCAUGAGCCUGGCUGCCCGUGUUUCCUGCUCCAUGCUCAACUGCUUUGGUGAAGAGGGACCCCCCAGCCUGGAGUACAUUCAGGCUAAGGACCUGUUCCCCCAGAAGGAGCUGGUCAAGGAAGACGAAAAUCUGCAGGUGCCAUUUCCAGUUCUUCAGGGGGAAGGGGUGGAAUAUCUGGGCCGCGCCAAUGAUGCCAUCAUUGCCAUGUCUAACUACAGACUUCACAUUAAGUUUAAGGAUUCGGUUGUCAAUACCCCUCCAGGUGUGGACAGUGAGAUUUCAGUGCCACUCCGGCUGAUCGAGAGCGUGGAGAGCAGAGACAUGUUCCAGAUCCACAUCACCUGCAAGGACUCCAAAGUGGUCAGAUGCCAUUUUUCCACCUUCAAGCAAUGCCAGGAGUGGCUGAAGAGGCUGAGCCGAGCAACGACCCACCCGUCCAGGGUAGAAGACCUGUUUGCCCUGGCGUACCACGCCUGGUGCCUCGGGGGCAAUGCGGACGAUGAGGACCAGCACGUGCACUUGUGCCGCCCCGGUGACCACGUGCGUCAGAGGUUGGAGACGGAGGUGUUACGGAUGGGCUGCGACUUGCAGAACGCCUGGAGACUGUCGGACAUAAACGCCAACUACAAGCUGUGUUCCAGCUACCCGCAGAAGCUUCUGGUUCCUGGGUGGAUCACUGACAAAGAGCUAGAGAGUGUAGCUUCCUUCAGAUCGUGGAAGAGAAUCCCAGUUGUGGUCUAUAGGCACCAGCGGAACGGGAUGGUGAUCGCGCGCGGGAGCCAGCCCGAGAUCAGUUGGUGGGGCUGGAGGAACACGGAGGACGAGUACCUGGUCACAUCCAUCGCCAAGGCCUGCGCGCUGAACCCCGGGUCUCGCGCCGCAGGGGGCUCUACCUCCCGGCCUCGCAGCGAGGGAGGCGACAACUCCGACGGCGACUUCGAUUCAUCUCUGACGGCCUGCCCCGGUCCCGACGCCAGCGCAACGCCGCAGAAACUCCUGAUCCUGGACGCGCGCUCCUACACUGCCGCCGUGGCUAACCGGGCCAAGGGCGGCGGCUGCGAGUGCGAAGAGUAUUACCCCAACUGCGAAGUGGCAUUCAUGGGCAUGGCCAACAUCCACGCCAUCAGGAACAGCUUCCAGUCGCUGCGUGCCGUCUGCAGCCAAAUCCCAGACCCUGCCAACUGGCUGUCUGCGCUGGAAAGCACCCGCUGGCUUCAGCACUUGUCCGUCAUGCUGAAGGCCGCCACCGUCGUGUGCUCUGCCGUGGAAAGGGAGGGGCGACCGGUCCUGGUGCACUGCUCCGACGGCUGGGACCGUACACCCCAGAUUGUAGCUCUGGCCAAGAUCCUACUGGACCCCUAUUACAGAACUCUGGAGGGCUUCCAGGUGCUGGUGGAGACGGAAUGGCUGGACUUUGGGCAUAAAUUUGGGGACCGCUGCGGGCACCAGGAGAACACGGACGAUGUCAGCGAGCAGUGUCCGGUCUUCGUGCAGUGGCUGGACUGCGUGCACCAGCUGCUCAAGCAGUUCCCCUGCCUCUUUGAAUUCAACGAGGCCUUUCUGGUGAAACUGGUGCAGCAUACCUACUCGUGCCUGUAUGGUACUUUCCUGUGCAACAACAACCGCGAGAGGGAGGCCCGCAACAUCUACAAGCGUACCUGUUCCGUGUGGUCCCUGCUGCGCACGGGCAACAAAAACUUUCAGAACUUCCUCUACAUCCCCAGCCACGAUACGGUGCUCCAGCCAGUGUGCCACACCCGCGCCUUGCACCUGUGGACAGCCGUGUACUUGCCCACUUCUUCCCCCUGCACGGCCGCUGAGGACGCGGUGGAGCUUUACCUGUCACCCUCGAGCCAAGGGGAGGAGCUCUCUGCCCGCUCACUGGAUAGGCUGCCCAAGACUCGCUCCAUGGACAACCUGGUGUCGGCCUGCGACGGCGGAGCGCCUUUAACUCGCACCUCUAGCGACCCCAAUCUGAACAAGCACUGCCAAGAGGGCCGUCUGCCAGCGGAACCCAAGUGCACGGCGGGGGUGUCGUCGGGAGACGUCCCCGACGCAAAGACCAGAGACUUGACGGCAGCCGGUGGGGAUUCGAGGGGGGAGCCCGUCUUCGACAUCCCCGUCACCCGCCUCCCCGCGACGGAGGGACCGAGCGACGGGGCCGUGUCGGAGGAGCCCUGCCUGACGGCGCAGCCUCUGGCCUCGGCGCAUUCCGCUACGGGACGGGUCGGGCCUCGCCGCCCCGCGCAGCCCGCGCGCGUCCCCGGCCGGGCACCGCGCUCAGAGGAUGAUCCCAUCCUCCCGCGAUUACCCCUGGGGGCUGACCCUGGGGCUCGGACUCCUGACCCGACUCUGUACCCGGACGCGUGCGACGGGAAGCCCGAAGGCCACGCUACGGAGCUGGCGCUCGCAACCCCCGCCGAGCCUCGUCCCACCCCCCCGAGGGACGACUGCGUACAAAACCCCUCCGGGGAGACGCCGGAUGCCGAGGAAGAACGGCAAAGAGGGGAGCUUGCCGCGCCGAACAGGCUGCAGCCUGAGUGCUGCGGGGCGGCGCGACGCCUCAUCUCGCAAAGCCAGCUGAGCGAGUUCACGCUGCUCGACUCCCACUGGGACAGCGUGCAGGGUCUGGUGAGGUCUGCCUGCGGCGGCAGUGCCGCCACCGCCAUUCCGCAGCCCGGCUGCCCGACCCGGAGGCUACCGGGUAAGGUGCUGCGGGCUCAGGGCGUAGCUCCGGGCGGCAGCUGCCACAACUUCCGCCGAGAGGUGGCCCGUCCUGCCGGCAGUCCGGUCCACUCCGGCUGGCUCUCGGCCGCCAAGAGCUCGGUGCCGUGCUCCCCCCGUCAGCUGCUGACCGCCCCAUCGCCACCGCCCCCGGCCCCCGCCUACCUGGAUGACGACGGUCUGCCGGUGCCGACGGACGCGGUGCAGCAGCGGCUGCGACAGAUCGAGGCUGGCUACAAGCAGGAGGUGGAGGUGCUGCGCAGGCAAGUGCGGCAGCUGCAGAUGAGGCUCGAGAGCAAGCAGUUCUGCACGCCGCCCUCGGAGCCUGACGUGGACUACGAGGACGACAUAACGUGCCUCCGGGAGUCGGACGACAGCGCCGGCGGUGGUGGCGAGGACUCCGUGUCGGAGCACAGCGAGGACCGCUUCUCGGAUUGCAGCUGGGACCGGGUGGAGCGGAAGGACACAGAGGUCAGCGUCCCACGUUGCCUGCUCCAGGUAACGCGAUGGGUCCCAGACCACAUGGCCUCCCACUGCUUCAACUGCGACUGCGAGUUCUGGAUUGCCAAGCGACGCCAUCACUGCAGAAACUGCGGCAAUGUGUUCUGCAAGGACUGCUGUCACCUGAAGCUGCCCAUCCCUGACCAACAGCUGUACGACCCCGUUCUGGUGUGUAACUGCUGCUACGACCUGCUCCUCGAGUCCCGCACGCGGGAGAUCCGGAGCCAGCAGCUGAAAAAGGCCAUUGCCACCGCCUCCAGCUGAGAGCCCCGCCCAGCAGGUGCCACCUCUUUGCGCAAGCGCCAGUUUGAGUGGACGGGCCAGCAACGAUGACUAGUAAUGUGUGCAGACCCAAGGCUCACGGGUCCUGCAGGGAGAGGACGAUGUGCAAGGACAGCGGAAGAGUAGAUCUGUCGUCGUCUUGGCGACCGUAUUAAGGCGACAUGGCGCUGCCGCUCGACUGCGCUUUUUAAGCAGUGCUGUGGAGAAAGCCCACCUUGGUCCAGUGCUCGUCUCAGACCUAUGCAUCCCGUAUACCACCAUCUAGAGGACAAUGUCAUGUACUGAGGCAUCUGGACUCCCAAAGCCUUUAUCAGUAUAUCGGAGGCUUGUUUAAAAAUGCUGCUAUGUUAUUUCUUUGUAGAGUUUAUUUUUGUGCACUACAUACAGUUGUAAAUGUGAGGGAAUUAGAGACCAAAAGCAGAGCAGCCUGGCAUAAUGGUGCAGCUCAUCCUGACUUCAAAUGUUAUGUUGAGAAAACUGGAAAGCAGAUGGAUGGUGUCUUUUCAUAUGUAGAUUGUGUACUUGUCUGUUCCUGCAGUGUAUUGUAAAUAUCAGUUAUGCAGCCCUGUCAAAGCUAACUUGACUAUAGCAUUGUCAUGUUGAUCAGUUUGGAAAAUACAAUGGAGACAAUGUCAAGCAACAACCCCCCCUGCCCCCUUUUUGAAAUAGUUUAGCCAACUCCAUGAAACAGUGAGUUCUGAAACAGCAAGGUUGCUCUACCAUGACAGAACCAAGAACCCCCAAGUAAGUAGAAGUAGAUGAAGGGGGUCUGGCUACAGUGUUGUAGUUCACCACCUGGGAUCAAUUCCAUCUUACACCUCAAAGGUGCCUAUAGGAAGGCCAUGCAGAGUGUUACUGUUGCUUGUGGCUACACUGUGCUGGCACUCACACCUCCAUGCAGAGAUAUUCUCUAGGUGCUAAGGAGGGGAAAGAGCUGGGUAUCUGCACCUAUGGUGGAUUGAAAGGGUGCUAAGAGGGAGCCGUGCCAUUUGUUUGAUCCCCAACUGACCAAGACGACAGUUCAGGGGCUCACCCUCUCAACUGCAGCACAGCACAAACAGGAUGAGCACCAAGGACAGGGCCCAACUGUAAAGCUAAGGCACUGCCAGAAUUUCUCUCUCCAUCAGGUGGCAGACUGCAUCUACACCUUAAGGGCAUGAAAUCCCUCCCCCAGAACCAAUAGUUGAUCACAGGACACCCAUUCUGGCUUGUACUUAGUAAAACUAGCUACAUCCUCACUUAAGUGACGGCUGUUUUGAAUGCACAUGGGAAGGAGAAAGGACUUGAUCUUAACAGCUGAAGAGUUGCAGGAAGAUACAACUGACAGUUGGACAGAAUCAAGUAAGCAGGCUGCUGACAUUUCACAUCAAGUGGCUUGAAUUUGAAGGCAGACUUUGCAGGGAGAUCCAGCACAAACAGGGCACAGUGAUGUUGAGAACUUGUCUACCUCUGGAAAAACAAAACAAAAGCAAAGUCAGUGCUGACAAACUGAUGGAGGACACAGACAAGGUGGCAACAACUCUGGUUUACUUACUACUUGCAGAAAAAGCUUCUUACCUGAGGA